AUGAUUGACCGCAUUCCUGUUAUUGACUCAAAGGAUGAAAAGGGAAAAGUUUUACCAUAUGUGAAAGGAGAUAUCGAAUUUAGAGAUGUUGAUUUUGUACCCUCAGAUGGUAGCCUCAAUCUUAAAGUCCAAGCUGGUAAGAUGGUGGGUCUAGUUGGAGGCAGUGGUUCUGGCAAGUCAACAAUCAUUUCUUUGCUUGAAAGAUUUUAUGAUCCAGUGAAUGGAGACAUUCCCUUGAUGGACACAUGUUAA